AUGGGGGAGGAACACCAACUCCAAGAAGCUGGAAAUGAAUCGUUGCCUACACAACCAGAGUCUUGGAAGAUCCAUUAUGAGAAGUCAUGGCUCCACCAACAUUGUUCUUCCUUAUUACACCGUGACAAGCAGGCCCAGAAGACUGGGCAGCUCUUCUCCGGACUUCUAGCCAUGAAUGUCGUGUUUCUUGGCAGUGCAUUCUUAUGUAGUAUGAUUUUCAACAAAGUAGCCAUUACAAUGAGAGAUGUCUGGAUUUUCCUGUCCAUCCUCAAGAUCCUAUCCUUGAGCUGGAUAGCAUAUUACUUGCUGUUCACUAGAAGGAAACCAUUUGCCAUCUUGUAUCAGGAUGCCCAUGCAGGGGCUAUUUGGAUUAGAGGGUCUUUAAUAUUGUUUGGAGCAUGCAGCAUUCUCUUGCACAGUUUCCGGAUUGGAUAUGACGUUAUCUAUAUUCAGAGCGAAUUGCAAAUGGAAAUCUUGUUCCCAUCCAUAGAAAUACUCUUCAUCUGCAUUCAGACCUACUUUGUAUGGUGUCAUGCAAAAGACUGUAUCCAGGUUCAGCACAACCUCACCAGAUGUGGGCUAAUGCUGACCUUGGCCACUAACCUCCUGCUAUGGUUUUUAGCAGUGGCCAAUGAUACAGUUCACAGACAAAUUGAAUCAGAAUUGAACCAGUCUCUGCAAAGAUAUGAAGGUAAUUUGACAUACUCCUGCAAGGACUCAAACGCGACCAUCUGCAAGAUCUUCCAAAAGGGAUAUAUUUUGUUAUAUCCCUUCAAUACAGAAUAUAGUUUGAUCUGUUGCUCCAUGCUGUAUGUCAUGUGGAAGAACGUGGGCCGGCGCAUCACUCAUAGCCAUACCUCUGGAAUCCAGCCUAGAUUCAAACUCCAUGGCAUCAUUUGGGGACCUUUGCUUGGUAUCGCUGCAAUAAUUAUUGGCAUUUGCAUUUUCAUGAUCUAUCAAAUCCAAGUCACCAGUUCUUUCCCCAGUCAUAUGUCAUUCAUACUGUAUUAUUCCUACUACAUUUGUUUAUUGCCUGUAAUGACUGUGGCAGCUUUGGCUGGAACUGUUAUCCAUGCUUUAGAAGAAAGAGAGCUGGAUACCCUGAAAAAUCCAACCAGAAGCCUUGAUGUCAUCCUGCUCAUGGGAACAGCUUUAGGCCAAAUUGCCAUCUCAUAUUUUUCCAUUGUAGCCAUUGUGGCCACCCAUCCAAUAAGCAUGUUGAACAGCAUCAUUCUAGCCUAUUCAAUAAGCCUCAUCAUUCAAUACAUUUCCCAGAAUAUCUUCAUUAUUGAGGGGCUCCACAGGCAACCACUACUGAUGAGUGAGGACUCUCAACUUGCUGCACAUUCCACCCAAGGGCCUCCCUCCACCCAAGUUCUGCCUAAUGAAGAUAGGGAAAACCAGAGUGUUUCGUGGACUUACAUCAAGGCCUACAGACAUUUGAACUGGAAAAGAAGAGCUCUGAAGGAGAUCUCCAGCUUCCUGAUCAUGUGCAAUAUCAUUCUGUGGAUUAUGCCAUCGUUUGGAGCACAUCCAGUGUUUGAGAAUGGAAUAGAGAAGUCAUUUUAUGGCUACUCCACCUGGUUUGCCAUUGUCAACUUCGGGCUUCCAUUGGGUGUGUUCUACAGAAUGCAUUCUGUUGGUGAUCUUCUGGAGGUGUAUCGCUCUGCCUGA